CUCUCCUCUCCCCAGACGUGUGUUCCCAACCUCGCACGAACCGCAACAACUGCGUCGUCACAACUGGCAGGCGGACAUCCCUAAAACCGCUGCCGCAACUGGAUGUCACGGGGAAUUGACUAUUCGAAGUGGGAUACUCUGGACGACAGCGAUGAUGAUGAGGCGGAGAACACUCGUCCACCCCGCCACGAGCAGCACUCAUCGUGUGCUGCGGCACCUUCCUGCAAUGACCCAGCCAACACAACGGUAGCCGCCGAGAAAGGAUAGCCAGCCGACAUGGGACUGAUUCUCAUUCAUCUUGCUGUGUAGAUUUCGCCAUGCAGGCAGGGCUGCCGAGCGUCGCGGCCGGAGGUAGCUCAGCUGGACUUGCACUCAUCGUCGAGGUGUGCGGUAUGCGGACGGUCGCCUGACGACAGUCGUCAUCAGUUCCCGAGAUGCAACAAGUAGGACGCACAUCGAGGGAUGAAUUCAUGAUGACAGUCAAUGCAUCGGCUCGAUGAUAAUGUUUUUCUUUUCAGGUGUAAGCUAUUGCAUUACUGCACCCGGGGUAAGCACCUGCACACAGAGAAGAAGAUUUGAUUCUUCUAAUACUGUCUGUGGUGUCAUAAGAGUGCCAGGUCAAAGAUUGGAAGGGCGUGCACAAAGAGGAGUGCGAGAUGGCCAAGGAGAAGCUGGACGCUGAUCGCAUGUACGCGCCGAGCAGCAUCCAGUACAUGCACGGAUGGAUGAGCUCUGAUGGUAAGCGGUGCGGCAUGCAUCUAGAUGGCAUGAGAAGAGAAUGAUUGCUAUCGUAUCGUGUGUACUUUCAGAGUAUUUCGCGUGGCAGCGCAGAAGGGAGGAGGCGCUGUUCAAGGACAUCAAGGCACUGCACGCUAGCGGCCAGCUCGACUAUAUAACACUCAACGUCAAACGAAUGACCGAGACCCACGUGGCGAUCGGCAUGUGGUACCGCACCACAGGCAAGUACACUGCCACCCCGCCGAUCAACGAAGGCACAAGAAUCCGCAAGCUGGGCACGGCCGAUGUGCACAACAUGGCCAUCUGGAGGCUUUGUCUAUUCUCCAAGAUGCCCGGGCUUCGAGAGGUGCCAGGACAGGUUAACGUCACACCUGUGGACCUGAUCAUGCUGGAAGGCGUGGAGCAGCUUGUGAACAGUGCCAUUGAGGUGAGCUAUGCAUGAUGUGAAUGUCAUGAGACUGGGAAAGCGAAAUUCAGGCAUUGCUUGCUUUCGUAGGACAUUGUCAUGGCGACUGAUGGCAAACGGGCGCCUUACUUUAUCAUUGACACGGAUGUCAACCUUGAGGCGUUAUUCUGGCGGAAAAUCACGACCAAGACAGUGGAUGUCACUCGCGGUGAGGGAAUGGGUGAGGGAGAGCGAGAUGGAUGUGGUUUGACUUGCGUCUGCAUGCUAUGUUGGCACUUUCUACCGCUGCAGAUAGACAGUUCCAUUGGUUCUACCUCCCGUCCAUCGCCGAGACCUGCCAAAGUGCCAUCUUUCGAGCAGCCAAGCAACUAUUCGGCCCGGCAGCGAUGCUGCAGGUGAAGUUUGCAAGCAAUCCUGCCGCGCUGAAUCACAAAUUCGUCACAACAGCUCCUCAACAGUUGCUCUUUCGGAAGGUAGGAGGAGGGAAGGACGGAAGGCUAGAGGGAAGACAGAAAGAAGUUGAAGCAAUUGCCUUGUGAAUGCGUUUUCCCUUGACUAUCUGUGUGUGACUGUAUGUGUACUUAUUCGGAAGAGCUGGGAGAAGAACAUCGAGUUCUUUGCGCAAACUCUCGAGCUGGACAAGGCCCUUCAGCCGUUCUAUGAGACGAGAGCGAAAGAGGUACUCACUCACGCCCUCUGAGGACGUAUAUGAUGUACAUGUGUGAGCCUUUGGUUGUUCUUGUGGUGGUAGCGUGGAGUCUCUGUCAAAGACGUUGAGGCCGAGUUGAUGGCUGUCGCGCUGACAUUCUCUGAUGUCUUCAGGUACGAUAUCGUCACUAUCUCUAGUGCUGUCUCUUCACUGUUGUGUUUUCGGAUGGAAGGAUGCAUUUGAUUGACUAUCUGGACGGCUGCAAGGACAAGACAUUGUGGCGUAAGUCUCUGGCCGAGCACUGUCAGAUGACUGAUCAGCAAUUCAGCCGUGUGGCUGCUGAACUUGCCGAGUUGAAGCCAUCUUAUCCAAACGACAUCAAGAAUGCCAUGUCGAUGCAGCGGUCGCAGAUAGAUCGAGACAUGGAUGACGUUAUGGGCAAGAAGGUGAGGGUUGUGUUUUGGAUGCGCUUGCACUCACCGCUUGUGUGCGUGUCCGUGUGUGCGUGUGUGGAUGCAGGUGAAGCUGAAAUGUGGUCAUUCUGUGCGCCAGUUGGAAGGCAUGCUUCGACAGAAUGGCAUGUUAACUGAUCCGACAAAGGCACAGCAGUCGAUGGUUGACUUGCUUCGCAAACUGAUCUCAGGCGAAGUGAAACUAGAAUAGAAUAGAG